UGGGAUUCCUCGUGUUAGUGUCGGGGGUCUCAGCGCUAUAUUGGGUCUGAAAGGGCAGUGGUGAUGGCAGCAAGGUGGGCAGCCCGCGGCUUAGAGCCGUGGCUGGACGAGUUCACUGUCCCUGCGGAGAAAAGCUGUCUCCUGGAGGCCAGCCGGGGCCGCAUCGAGUGCUUGUUCGAGGUACAGUUGGCCGUGCUCGGGGCGCAGGGAGACCGACGCAUCUGGGUGCAGCUGGCGGGCUGCUGGAAGGCCGUGCGCGCCGCCAAGGAGUAUAUUAAGGGACUCUGUGAACCUGAACUAGAAGAGAAAGAGUACUACCCAAAGGACAUGCACUGCAUCUUUGUUGGUGCACAAAGCCUGUUUCUCAACAGUCUUAUUCAAGAUACCUGUGCUGAUAUAUCAGUGCUGGAAAUAGGUUUGCUCAGUAUUAAAGGGGGUGCAGAAGCUGUUGUUAUGGCUCAGAGUCAUAUUCAGCAGUUUGUGAACCUUUUUGAGAGUAAUGAAAGCUUAUUAAGUGACAAUGAGUCAGAGAUUAAGAAGCAGUUCAGACAAUUUGUGGAAGCUCAUGCAGAUAAAUACACAAUGGAUUUACUGAUUUUGCCUAGCUCGCUAAAAAGAGAGCUUCUAGCUCUCACACAAGCUGAAUGCUGUGAAGUGCAGAGCAGUAUCAUAGAUCUGACAGGUUCUGAAAGCCCGACAGAGCUUUUACAUAACGAAGCCCCCAGAGUAAUAGCUACAAACAGAGAUGGAAGAGCAGAUGUUGAGGAAGAAAGAAACAGUGCUGGAACACCUGUAACUGAACUUACAAAGCAAAUGGAUGUUGUGUUUUCUGAUUCUCCUGGAACAAGUUUUGUUCCCAUAAAUGUGCCUAAAGAAAGGCAGUCAUGUAAAAGAAGAUCUUCUUAUGAUGAGGAAAGGCUUCCUAAAAAACAGUUCUCUUCAGAAAAUGAUCAAGAAGUAAAAUUUUCACACAGUAAUCAUUCAGAUAGUGAAGUAAUUAUUGAUCUGCUUUCAGAUAGCUGCAGUGAAAGCAGACCAAAUGAUUCCAGUCAUCACGUUAAAGUAGGUGAUGAAAUCAGUGAGGAAAUGGAAUAUAGAAUUCUUGUGAACUUUUUCAGAACAAUGGGAUAUCGCCAAAAUAUUGUAGAAAAAGUCAUUGGUAUCUUAGGUCAAUCUGUGGAACCGUUAACAUUGUUAGAAGAAAUUGAAAAGGAAAAUACAAAAUCUCAAAAAGAACACAAUCAGUCAUCUCCAAUGUCUAAAACUGGCAACCCCCCUUUAAAAAGUAAUGCAAAUAACUCACAAAAACUAGUAGACAAAAGCAAUAAAAGUCCACUUAAAUCCAGUCAUACUUCAAGGGAGACGAAAAAUGAGUAUCACAAAAUAAGAAAUCCACCAAGCAUGCAAGCUGAUGCAGAAAAUGGAAUGCAUAUGUUGGUAGGUAAACACGUUUCUCCUUCCAGUGAAAAUUCAGCUAUGUGCUAUAAAAAAGAAGACAUUUAUUGCCAGGGUAAGAACUACAGUUUGAGAUCAAGCGAUACAGAGACUGAUGGUGGUGUAACUUUUGGGACUAUACAAUCUGGAGCUCGAAAAGGUGGUGAUUUUGUAGCCAGAGGGAGUUCAGAUGAGCAGUGUACCUCAAUUAAGACUAAAACUGCUGUUCAGCAAAGCACUGCAGGGCCCUCAACUGUACAGAAUAGUCAUCCUGGUUCUGAGGACCGAUUAGGACACUGUACCUCUUCUCAAGGGAUAUCUCCUAACCAACGCCGUUCCCAAACCUCAAACUCAGAAAAUCCUGUCUCAGACCAGGUAUUGUCUUCACAAAUGCAGCCUUCAAAUCCUGAUAGAGAGACAGUGGGACAACAAAGACAUCAUCCUGAUCCUUCUGUUACUGGAGUUCAGAGAUUUUUGGAUUCUCUGAAAAAGCCAUACAGACUGGAAUUGAAAAAUGAACCUGGGAAACCAUAUUUAAAACAUAUCAUUAUUGAUGGAAGCAAUGUUGCAAUCACUCAUGGUCUAAGGAAAUUCUUCUCCUGUCGAGGAAUUGCAAUAGCUGUUGACUACUUUUGGAAACGUGGCCACAGAAAUAUUACUGUGUUUGUUCCACAGUGGAGAACAAGACGUGAUCCUAACAUUACAGAGCAGGAUUUCUUAACAGAGCUCCAGGAUGUUGGAAUAUUAUCUUUAACCCCUGCAAGGGUGGUUUUAGGAGCAAGAAUUGCUGCUCAUGAUGACAGGUUUUUAUUACACCUUGCUGAUAAAACUGGAGGUGUUAUUGUGACUAAUGAUAACUUCAGAGAAUUUGUGACAGAAUCAAUUGCCUGGAGAGAAAUUAUUCAAAGAAGGCUGCUCCAGUACACUUUUGCUGGUGACAUAUUUAUGGUUCCUGAUGAUCCUUUGGGAAGAAAUGGACCUAGAUUAGAUGACUUCCUUCAAAAUGAAGACUUUUUCAGAGAUUUCCAGUCAGCACCAAGGGUUUUCCAGAGCAGUAGACAAUAUCCUUCUGAGACACCUUUCUUCACACCAGUCCCCAGACCAACCUGUAGCAGUCAACAACCUAAAAACGGAGUACAUGGUGAUCGUGCAUCAGCACUGCUUCCACUGGAAAUGGAGACCUGCUUAGCCAUUCCACCACAGAGAUCUGACUCAGAAACAGAACGCCUAAGAGAAGCCCUGAUAAAAAUUUUUCCUGAUCAUGAGCAAAGACAGAAGAUUGAUCAAAUACUAGCUGAUCAUCCAUUCAUGAGAGAUCUUAAUGCACUAUCUGCUAUGGUGCUUGACUGAAUAGUAUACAGGGGUUUAUAUCACAACUCAUUUGACUAACUUUGAAUAUCGAUGUGGAGAAAAAUGUUGCUCAGUUAAUGUUACUUUGUGAAUAUUCAAGACCUAAUUUUAUUUGUAUAAACAGAGCUAUUUGUGUAUGUUCUGUUGCUAAUAGAUACCAGUUUUUGAUAAAUUAAGACCUACUGGUAUUAAAAAUUUGUAGGCAUAUUUUCUAGAAAAAAAACCCAAACCAAAUCUGUUUCACAUUAAUUGCUUAUUAAAGCAGCAGCAGUUCUAAAGGACUGUUGCCACUUUAAAUAGUGUGUUAGCAUUUUUUAAGAAACCCUUUCCUCAAAAGGGGAAAGUAAUGCCAGAGGUUUAAGACACUUACAGCCUUACAUGUAUUUUCCAGGUGCACACAUAACAGAUUUUAAUGUAAGUCAUGCACCUGUCAGAUAUCGUUGGUGUUUUUAUCUAGAGUAUAGAUAUUCUUAGAAAACAAAUGCUCUGUAGUACCUCCUUCACUUAUGAGCUUGGAAAUAUUUUCCAUAGAAAUAAAACAGACCUUCUUAU